CUGUCUUCCAGUCGAGCUUGGAGCGUCUGUUUGCCCAGAAUACAACGUCACACUACAGGUUCCGAUCAGUCCAGAUCAGCUAUCGCAGCGAGAUGAUUGGCAGCAGCCUCGUCGUCUUAUAUGGCAUUGCCCUCGUGUCGUCGAUGGGCGUGCAAUCUGCCCGAGCAGCCUACGCCGACGACUGCACCACCCCGGAUGGCGAUCAGGGCCGAUGCAUGCCCUUCUCCUCCUGUCGGAACAUCGAAGAGCGGCUCACAGAGGCCCAGAAAUCCGGACAGAAAGUACCAGCCGAUUACGCCGUCUAUCUGCAAAAGGCCUCCUGCGGCGAGUUUAAUGGAGUGCGUCACUUUUGCUGUGCUUCCGCCCAGAUUCAGCACAACUCCAAGGUAAUGACCCUUUUGAAGGACGAGAAUUUCGACUGCGGCAACUUCCUCAGCCAGCGGGUGGCCAAUGGAUACGAGGUGAAGCUCUCAUCUAGACCCUGGAUGGCCCUUCUUCGUUACCACCAGUUUGGAGAGUCGAGAUUUCUCUGCGGCGGAGCCCUAAUCUCUGAACGUUAUAUCUUGACUGCUGCCCACUGCGUCCACGGACUCCAGAAUGACCUUUACGAGAUCCGUCUGGGUGAGCAUCGCAUCUCAACGGAAGAGGACUGCCGGCAGCAGGGACGAAAGAAGAAGUGUGCUCCUCCAGUUGUCGAUGUGGGCAUUGAGAAGCAUCUGAUCCAUGAGCAGUACGAUUCCCGCCACAUUAUGAACGACAUUGCUUUGCUGCGCCUAAACAGAAGCGUUCCCUUUCAAAAACACAUCAAACCCAUUUGCCUGCCCAUCACGGAUGAGCUAAAACAGCAGGCGGAGCAGAUUAAUACCUUUUUCGUGACUGGCUGGGGUACCACGGAGAAUGGCUCCUCCUCGGAUGUGCUGCUCCAGGCGAACGUGCCGCUUCAGCCCCGGUCUUCCUGUUCUCAAGCCUACCGAAGAACAGUGCCCCUCACCCAGCUUUGUGUAGGCGGCGGCGACCUUCAGGAUUCCUGCAAGGGUGACUCCGGUGGGCCACUCCAAGCUCCCGCCCGUUAUUUAGGAGAGUUCGCCCAGAAGAUGGUGGAGUUUGGCAUCGUAAGCCAGGGCGUAGUUUCCUGCGGACAGAUCAGCCUUCCAGGACUAUACACCAAUGUCGGCGAGUACGUCCAGUGGAUUACGGACACCAUGGCCAGCAAUGGCCUGUGAAAAGAGUCAUCAGUUGUGAGCAGUUUUUAAAGUGUAUCUUAGUAAUUAGUGCAUCCCAAAAAUAUAUUAUACACAUAUUCGUAAACUUA